UUCAUGCAGGAGCAAAACCAAAAACGCAUCCUAAAAGCGGUCAGUGAACCGCCCCUUUGCCAAACCAAGGCCCUCCGAGACUGUAGAGUCGCAUCCUGGUCGUACGUAGCCACAAGUGCGCUUGUUGCAUACGUACACACACAUACACGUAGUGCACCCACCUGCACAGCCCACAGCCAUGGCUGACGAUGACGAGUGGACAGCCGUCUCCUCGCGUAGCAAGAAGCCGGAGCCGCAGCCCCAGACCACCACUCCACUCACAAAAGCACAACUCAAAAACAAGCGCCGAGCAGCUAAAAGAGCAGCCGAGGCGAGAGCAUUGCUCACCGUGGCCGCGACGGACGACUCCCUCGACGCCAUCGCGGCGCGGGAGGCGCUGACGGCACGCGCGGCUGCAGCGGCCACCCCACCGAGCACGAGCAGUCGACGCGCCCGACGGCGCUCGGCCUCGUCCGGCGACCUCAGCGAAUCGGAAGAAGAGAUAACGCCGCCGCCGAGCCCGCACGAGCUCGUCGAGGCGGCGCGACGGCGGCUGCGCAAGGCGACCAAGGCGGAGCGGCAGUGCGACGACGCUGCUCAAAAGUUAGUCCAGACACCGUCGCUCGCAAAGGACCAGGGGCUGGUGGCCAAAGCUGAAAGGCGGGAAGGCGCGGCGGCGGCGGCGGCGGCGGCGCGCGCAGACCUAGCGCUCGCGCAAGCAGCCGUGGACGCGGACAACGCCGUCAAAGGCGCGCGGCGCGCCGCGGCGGUCGCGAGGCAUCACGCUGAGGCGUCGCAGAUGCUGUCCGUGAAAUUCGACGACAAGUACGCUUGUGCGGUAUGUACGGAAGUGCUCGAGGCGGCUGUCUCCACGGGCGUCUGCGAGCACGUCUUCUGCCGCGGGUGUCUCGAGGACCACUGCGCCCAGGCCUCGAAGCCGUCGGAAUGCGUUUGUCCGCUCUGCCGCAAGCCGCUUGUGAACGGCGAGUCGGGACGGGUCGAGGCGUCCGCGGCGGCGCUGGUGCGGGCGAACAUGAAGAAGCUCAAGGGCGAGUGCCACUGCGGCGCGCGCAUGCCGCUGUCCCGCCUCCGGGACCACCUCCGCGCCUGCGGGCCGAACGCGCACCUCUACCCGCCGCGGCGCAAGUUCGGCCACGAGUUCCGGCAGCCGUCCUUCGUCGGUGGCGGCGCGUCUGCGCCGUCGAUAGACCUCGCCGCGGAGGAGGAGGCAGCUUUACAAGCGGCUAUCCUCGCCUCGCUCGAGGGGUGAUUGUUUGUCUAACUAUCUGUGUCGUGCUCUUAGGCGACAUCGAUGACGCGGCGCG